GAAAUCUAUAACUCCAAUCUCGAGAAUUGAAACAUAACCAUUCCUUCUGCCAAACAACAAUUCCUGUUUGUAUGUUCAGAUAUACGCAUCAUGGCAGCCAAGCAUCCUCCUUUUCCACUUUACGAAAUAAAAUUCCGAAACAACAAAAUAUCAAGAGCCAUUGAAAUCAUCAUCCUAUUCCUUCUGCUAUCACUCAUUACCUACAGACUCUUUUCUCUCCACACCCAUGACCGCAUCCCUUGGCUUCUGGCUCUCAUCUGCGAGGCUUGGUUCACUUUCGUUUGGAUUCUCAUCCUCAACGCUAAAUGGAAUCAAAUCCAAACCAAAACAUACCCUCAACGCCUCUCGCAAUGGUUGGGAGAUGGGACAUCUGAGUUUCCGGCUGUGGAUAUGUUCGUUACCACGGCCGACCCGGAACUGGAACCGCCGAUUAUAACGGUCAACACGGUGCUAUCUUUGUUGGCUGUGGACUAUCCGGCGAAGAAGCUAGCCUGUUACGUAUCAGAUGACGGCGCAUCCCCCCUCACCUUCUACUCUCUCGUCCAAGCUUCCAACUUCGCCAAGCUUUGGGUUCCCUUUUGUAAGAAGUAUAACGUCGCCGUUAGAGCUCCGUUUCAAUACUUUAAGGCCAACCCAAUUUUCCCACAAGAUAGCUCCUUAGACUUCCAACAUGAGUGGAAGAAAAUGAAGGAUGAAUAUUCAAAGCUUUGUAGAAAGAUAGAAGAAGCAAGUGAAGAGUCCGUGUCACAUGAACUUAUGGACGAGUUUUCAGUUUUUGCAAAUAUUGAUCAGAGAGACCAUCCCGUCAUCAUAAAGGUUUAUUACCAUGUGAUUUGGGAGAACAAGGGAAGUGUUGAUAAUGGUGAUGGUGUGCCUCAUCUAAUAUAUAUCUCUCGAGAGAAGCGUCCAAUGCAUCCCCAUCAUUUUAAGGCGGGAGCCAUUAAUGCUCUGACAAGAGUAUCAGGAGUGAUGACAAAUGCACCUUUCAUGUUGAACGUCGAUUGUGACUUUUAUGUAAACGACUCAAAAGUAGUACUACAUGCUAUGUGCUUCUUUCUUGGAGUCAAAGACGAAAAGGAUGUCGGAUUCGUUCAAUUCCCUCAAAGCUUUGAUGGUGGAUUAAAGAAUGACCCUUACGGAAACCAAUUGAAAAUUUUAAUGGAAUAUGUACUGCGAGGAAUCGCUGGAAUUCAAGGAUCAUUUUAUAUGGGAACUGGAUGUUUCCAUAGAAGAAAGAUUAUAUAUGGCAUGUGGCCACAUGUGGUCGACAGUAAUGGGAAAUCAACUGACAAGGACCAAUUGGAACUGUUCGGCAAAUCAAAAAUUUUCUCGUUAUCAACCAUUCAAAUUUUAUCUGGAUCUUUGUAUCCUGAGAUUCCCAUAUUUCCGAAUUCCCUUGAGGCUGCAAAGGAAGUUGCAAGUUGUGGCUAUGAAUCUGGCACUGCUUGGGGCCAAAAGGUUGGGUGGUUGUAUGGAAGUGCAGCAGAAGACACGAAAACCGGGAUAAGUAUCCACGGUAAGGGUUGGAAAUCUGCUUAUUGUGAUCCCAACCCACCUGGGUUUCUUGGGAGUGCACCAACAAGUGGGCCUGCCGCGUUGACCCAGCAAAAGCGAUGGGCCACUGGGCUACUGGAAAUACUGAUCUGCAAGAAAAGCCCAAUCAUUUGGGCCCUAUUUGGGAGGCUCCACUUCAGGCAAUUCUUGGCUUAUCUAUGGAUUCUGAGUUGGCCCAUUCGGCCCUUUUUUGAAAUAUGUUAUGCUCUUCUCCCUGCAUAUUGCAUCAUCAACAAUUCCCACUUCCAACCAAAGAUAAAAGAAGGCGCCAUUAUAAUAGCAGCUUCCAUUUUCAUCAUCUACAAUUUGUACACUCUAUCGGAGUACAUCAGAGCCGGGGAGUCGCUACGAGCGUGGUGGAACAACCAAAGAAUGUGGAAAGUGUACGCAUCUGGGUCAUGGUUGUUAGGAUUCCUAAGUGGGGUAGUUAAGGUUUUUGGAUUGUCUGAAACGGUGUUCGAAGUCACCAAGAAGGAUCAUUCGAGCGACGAAACUCUAGACAAGGAUGACGACUCCAACGUCGGACGGUUCACAUUUGAUGAAUCUCCGUUGUUUGUCCCUGGCACAACCAUUUUGUUGGUGAACAUGGCAGCUUUGUUCAUUGGAAUUCUGGAUUACUUUAAACAGAUUAAUAAGAGUCGUAGUUGGAGUUUAGGAGAGGCAAUUUGCAGUGUGUGGGUAAUGUUAAUGUAUUGGGCAUUUCUCAAGGGAUUGUUUGGAAAGGGGAAGUAUGGGAUUCCAUUAUCUACUAUUGCAAAGUCUGUGGGAUUGGCAUUGCUUUUUGUCCAUGCUUGCAAAAGGACAAACUUAUCUGCGUAAACUUAUUGUGUUGUACUUCAUAUUCGAAAAUUCAUAGUGACUAUAUGAAAGGGUAUUGUAUAACUCAUAUUUUUAUAUAAUAAUCUGUAAAUUAUAUAAAAGAGGUAAGUCAUACCAAUGUAUAUGAACAAUUGAAUGAUAUCAUGGUAUGCUUUGAGUGGUUUCUACUUUAUUCAUCAUGUUAUUAUUAUGUAUAAAUAUGCAUGUUUGGAUA